AUGGCUGCGAGAUUGUGGUUUCUUAGUACCAGUUGCUGGAAGCGCGUACACGCUCAUCGCGAACGUUUCUCGACGAAAUUACAUUUUGUCAAGUCGAGACGAUUCGACGUCGAUUCGCAACGUCGGCAUUGCGGCACUCAACACGACUACGGCGACGGCGACAGCGGCAACCGCAAGACGCGUUUCUACGCGACAAACCAACUGCGGAAGGUGGCUCGUAACGGUUUAACGUGGUGCGGCGCUAUCGGCAUCGGCAUAGGCAUCGGCGGAUACUAUCUCUAUAAAAAUGAAAUAAUAAGAGUGAAUGCGAGUACGAGUGCGAGUGCGAGUAUAUGGCCGGUGGCGAGCGCGGCCAGCCUUUCGAAACGCAACCUACGCGAUCAAUUCAAUUUCAUAGCCGACAUAGUGGCAGAAUGCGCUGAUGCGGUCGUAUGCGUCGAUAUCAAAGACACCCGCAGGCUCGAUUACUUUUCGAGGAGUCACCCUUCGAUGACAAACGGUUCCGGAUUCAUUGUAGAAGAAAACGGUUUGAUUUUAACCAACGCUCACGUCGUGAUGGGCCAUCCUCGUUCCGCUGUGCAAAUCAGACUGGCCGACGGAACCGUUUACCCGGGCAUCGUGGAAGAUAUCGACGUAAAAUCAGAUUUAGCAACGAUACGCGUAAAACCCAAAGCCAAGUUACCGGUCAUGAAGUUGGGAGUGUCGAAGGACCUGAGACCCGGCGAAUGGGUAAUCGCGAUGGGAAGUCCGCUGUCGCUAUCCAACACCAUCACAGCCGGAGUCGUCAGUUCCGUCAGCAGAACCAGCACGGAAUUGGGCUUAUUCGAUAAAGACAUGGAUUACAUACAAACGGACGCUUCUAUAACCUUUGGAAACUCCGGAGGUCCUCUGGUCAAUUUGGACGGUCAAGUGGUGGGCAUCAAUUCGAUGAAGGUUUCCGCCGGUAUUUCAUUCGCUAUUCCCAUCGACUGCGCUCGACAGUUUCUGAAGAGAGGCGAAGCUCGCCGUUCCAAAGGAAUAAUAACGCCACCGUCCAAACGCUACCUCGGCAUAACCAUGUUAACGUUGAACGCCGAUACUCUGCGCGCCCUGCAAAUCCGAAAUCAUCACGUUCCGGCGGAGAUAACUCGAGGCGCUCUAGUUUGGAAAGUGGUAAUCGGAUCACCCGCCUACAGAGGCGGUCUGGUGCCAGGAGACAUCGUAGUCGAAAUAAACGGUCUUCCCGUCGAGUCAUCCAACGCCGUAUACCAAGCGUUAGAAAAGCAUAACGUUCUAAACGUGAGAAUUUACCGCGAUAACGCUUACUUCGACUUAGUUAUCCAGCCGGAGGACGUAUCUUUCAACGAACAACGUUAACGAUUCGAAUGCGCGCAGUUUCGCCGACUUAUCACGCGUACGACUAGAAAAACAAAACAUAAAACGAAAACGAAAACUACUUACAUACCAAAGAACAAAAAAUUGAAAAAAAAAGCACGGUUUGUAUUUAUAUUUUAAAAUUAACGUAAGUAGCGUAUGUAAAUAUGUAAUGUAUGUACAUUUCGGAUGAAAUUCGCAAAUAAAAGCCGAGUAUUCGUUUCA